CGGCCUUCCAACUUUCUCUCCAAGUUACUGCCGUCCAAAGGAGGGAGGGCAAUAGCACUAGACGAUAUAAACAACGGGGAUGCCGCCUGCCCGCGAGGUUGACACUGUCCACGGUUCGCAUCGUAACUUUGGAAAGAACAACCUUGACCACUUGCAACGCCCCUUCCUUGAACUUCUACCUGUACUUCGUACUUGAAUGUCAUCACUCCUCCCCACUUUCAGCAUAACGAACCGCACGUCAACAGUCAACGCAAACCACAACAUUUUGACUCGAGAUCCCCGCCUCCAAACUUGAGGAUACUUUCCUGAGAUCAUCGUAUCUUCCUCUUCUCUGACGAGACACACCUCCUCGACUCAACAUCCCAUAACACCCAAGCUUUUCACCUAUUCUCGAACCUUGCAACCUGCGAAUACCUUCUCACGUUCAUCCUACCUAUCCCCGCAAAGCCGUUUCAGCUUCGACUCUCGACGAUAACAAACUUGGACCAAAGACGAUACUUUUUGUCACUACUCCGUACUCAGCGUCUUGAUUUUCUUCUUCACCAUCAUCUUCGGCACAAUACCCAGCUUGUGUCCCCUACCGCGCGCUUGUUCAGUGGAGACCACUUUGGACCCCUCGACGUCUUCGUCAUUCUGAUUCUGCCACUCGACGCAAAAGCAAUUUCAUCGGGACAUCCAGUCAACCCGCCCAGAACAUACCACAGACAGCUGAGCGCCUGGUUAACACGGAUUCAACUCUCCGUCCCGCUGCGCUGCGCUGUCUUGCCCAGACUCCCCGCCUGUCCUACCGCCUACCCAAGACAGGAUUAUUCCUCAAGAGGGUUCCACCGCUGACGCUCUGGCUCCCAACCGAGCGGAAUACCGGCACACAUCGCACCAAUGGCCUUCGUCGCCCAAGAGCCUCACACAAUGACCAACACACCACGAAGUCCGUCGACCAAGAGCCAGGCUAGUCUUCGAGACACUGGCUUCCCUGAGCCUUUCAACGGAGAACGCAACACUACGCUCCCGCAUCCCGACGCCAACCUUUCGCCCAACGCAGUCAUCUCGCAGGAGGAUCUCGCUGGAAACCGAGCUCGCACACGACGUUCUUUCCUGCAAAAGCAUAGACGCACCAUCAGCCAUGGACGCAUCACUCCUCAAAUGGAGGCGCUCUACAGCAGCGAAGCCCUUGCCGAAGCCGAAGCUGCCAUCCUCGAUGCAGAUGUUCCGUCCAACACCAGCCAGUCUAGUCUGCCGGCUGCGGGACGCAUGAGCAGAGACGAUGCCGAGAGCAUGCUUUCCCACAGCGGUGGCGACCUGUCGCCCGUCACAUCGGCUCAGAGCAAUGGACGCAAAGGCAGCCUGUUUAGAAAGCUUGGCUGGAAGAAGCCUUAGAGUCACAUCUGCGAUACGAAAAUGAGGAGUCACGAAACUAGGCGGCGAACUAUCGACCCGAUGUACCGCGCACACGAUUAAACGGCCAAAAAGAAUUUGUAAAACAGACAAACCACAGCGCAAGCGCGGAGUUUUCUUUUGACUCGCAACACGGGGUUGGGCACAACCAAAGGCGGGCUUGGGAUUUUGAUUUUGGGAAUGGAUUUGGGACACGGAGUAUAGGGAUGGUACGACAUCAGGGCAUUGUUAUCGAGGAUAUUGGUCCUCUGAAUCUUCACCUUCACAGAGG